AUAGGUCUCAACAUCAUCAUGUCUUAUCAUCGAAAUUAUAGACAUAACAAUGACUACAAAGCUGACGAACACAGGAGUAAGGGCACUUCAAGGUAUUCUCAGAGUAGGAAGCGUGGUUCCGAUGGUAAUCUACGAACACAUGGGGACUCAGAGCCAGCCGCUAGUGGAAGGAAUACAAAAGAUCACAGAUCCACAGACAAUCGGCAUCCAAGUUUUACCACCCCGGAGAGCCAAGGUCCUGUGUCAAGAAUAAGAGACUGGGGUGAUGAGGUGGAAGCUGAUGAAAUGCGCACAAAUGUCCAACGUGACAUCCAACGGUACAGACGGAGGAUUCUGACGGCCGAUUUUGCCCAAAGAGAAAGAAAGACUUCAUCUGGAAGCUCAGACUCAAGGGAUUCCAGAGACUCCCCUAUACCAGGAGACAUUGAAACUGACGAGGUUGUCCUCAUGAGGAGACAGAAACAAAUCAACUAUGGAAAGAACACCCUUGCCUAUGACCGAUACAUCAAAGAGGUGCCCAAGCAUCUAAGACAGCCUGGGGUCCAUCCCAGAACCCCAAACAAGUUUAAGAAGUACAGCCGUCGCUCAUGGGACCAACAGAUUAAACUAUGGAGGGUAAAGCUUCAUGCGUGGGACCCGCCUGCUCAAGACGGCCAUGAUCUUCAAGCUAUAGAGGAGAUUGACCUUGAUGACAUCAUGGACAUUGAGUUAGAUGUAGAAUGUUCACCAGAUCCAGAGGCAGAUGCUGUAUCUCCAACAUCAAACAAUGCAUCUUCGUCAAAUGACUCAUGCACCGCGACUCCCAGCAAAAUGAUGAAGACUGAUGAGACUGAAAUGGCCUGAGGUUCAACAUGACAACAGCUGGUGCAGCAUGGCUGGAUCUCCAAUGCAGCAAAUAAUACCUCCUGAUCAGCUGAGGUCUGCCUUUGAUGGCUAGAAUCCACAGCCUGGGACUUUACAGUUUAUGGUGUUUAUUUUCUUCAAGCAUUAUCUGUGUUGUCAGGUGCCUUUUUGAUACCAUUGUUUUGAUUUUUUUUGUUGUUUGUUUGUUUUGUUUGGUUAUUUUGUUUCGGUGAAGAGGGAGCACAUCGUUUCAUACUUUCGCUUGGAUUCACAUUGACAUUUGUAUUUCUUAUCAUUGUCAUGGUAGUUCUGGAACUUCUGUAAAAUAGUGAUUUCAUUCAGGAAGACAAAUAAUCAUAUG